UGCCAGCCCAUGACCAAGAAAAUAGAGAAGAGGAAGAAGAGUAAAUACAGAAGGCUGCACUUGACACACAAAUUCCCAAUCGGCAAACAAGCUUAGGACGGUCGGAAUUUUGGACACUCGGACAACGCCUCGGUCGCCGCCAGGCCACCACCGCCACCGCUCCGCCUUCCGCCCUCCGCGCUCGCAGCCUCGCUGGGCUCGCUAAGUCGCUGAAGUGCUGAUUGCUGAACCAGCUUAUACCAGCCACCAGGUCACCAUUUUCUAAGGACUGGCAUCGCUUAAUCUGAUGGCUGUUAACUUGAGUAUCGAGCUCUUCAACCGAUUGGUGAGACUCGCAGCAAGAGCCUUCUAUGAUGAUAUUACAACAAAAGGUGAUAAUUUGCCCAAGUCAGGUAGAAGCGAUAACAGAGGAAUUGCAGUUGUGAUUCUAGAUGCCCUCACAAGGCGGCAGUGGGUGAGAGAAGAAGAUCUAGCAAAGGACUUGAAGUUGCAUACAAAACAACUUCGAAGAACACUACGGUUUUUCGAAGAAGAAAAGCUGAUCACAAGGGAUCACAGGAAAGAGUCAGCAAAAGGUGCCAAAGUAUAUAAUGCUGCUGUUGCUGCUACCGUUGAUGGUCAGCAUUAUGGUAAAGAAGAUGAAAAAGUCAAGAUGCACACACAUUCCUAUUGCUGUCUAGACUAUGCACAGAUACACGAUGUCGUGAGAUACAGAUUACACCGCAUGAAAAAAAAGCUUAGAGAUGAACUUGAUAGCAAGAAUACAGUUCAGGAGUAUAUAUGUCCAAACUGUGGAAAAAGAUAUACUGCUUUGGAUGCUAUACGGUUGAUUUCUCCAAAUGAUGAUUAUUUUCACUGUGAAAGUUGUAAUGGGGAGUUGGUAGCAGAGAGUGACAAGUUAUCAUCUCAAGGGAUGGCAGAUGGAGAUGACAAUGCACGGAGACGUCGUCGUGAAAUAUUAGAAAACAUGCUUCGCAAGAUGGAGGAACAGCUAAAACCACUGAUGGAGCUACUUGGCAGCAUAAAAGAUUUAGCUGUUCCUGAACUUGGAAGCCUUCAAGACUGGGAGGCCCGUGCAAGUGCGGAGGCUCGUGGGGCGAAUGGUGAUCUUAAUGGCAACGAUCCCUCAAAAUUUUCACAGGGUGGCACACCUAUGCCUUUUGUUGGACAGACAAAGGUCGAAGUUGCUUUCCUGGGUCUUGACGAAAAAGGUGACGCUACAAAAUCCGAGGGUUCAUCAUCACCAAAGAAAGUGUUGCCUCCAUGGAUGAUAAAGGAAGGAAUGAAUCUCACAAAGGAGCAGCGUGGAGAGGCUGCCAAGCAUGAAGUGAAGAUGAAUGGUACUCCAGCGGCCCUUGGAUUCUCCAAUGACAGAAAGCCCGAGACUGGUAAAGAUGAUGUGAAGAAUAUUCAGGAUGAAUAUGUAAAGGCAUAUUAUGCUGCAAUGCUGAAACGGCAGCAGGAACAAAUAGCAGUUGCCGAAAAGGUGAAAAGGGAACCAAGUACAGAUGACACACCUAGCACAUCAACCGAGCGCCAAAUUGGAAUGAAAUCCAAACGUGAAGAUGAUGAUGAUGUUGAGUGGGAGGAGGCAAUCCCUGCAGGCUCAGGUAAUACAUAUGGAAACUUCAAAGUGGACUUGAAUGUUCAAGCAGAGGCUGCAGAAGAUGAGGAGGAGGAUGAUGACAUUGAUUGGGAAGAAGGCUAACUUAACUAGGUGGCAAGAGGAGCAUCCCAAACUGGGUUGGGUUCUAUUACGCUCUGACUCUGGGUGAUGAUAUGCUAUGCUGCCCUUUGGAUUUGUUUGAUUUGGCGUUGGCAAUUUGUUUUGGUCAAAAUGGGUGACUGGUAAUUGGGUAAUGGACUUGAUAGAGAAGAAGCUUAGCGCACGUAAAUAUGUCAAGAUACCUCCGAAUAUUUGAGAAAGCUAUGACAUUGACAAUGAUAGAAAAGGUGUUAAGUAACUCAUCAGUAUCGAGAGAGCUUUGACCCUGUUAAGAUAUUGUCUUGAAUUCCUCUACAAAUGUUUAGGGAGCAUGUUUCUUUACCUUCGUACUUGCAUAGUCUCGCUUCUUUUUUAUUAUUGUACAGCCGUGUGAGAGUAUUUAUAAUAAAAAUAUGCUUGAUUUACACUUUAUGUGAACAAUCAACUCAACAAAUAUGUUUGGUGAG